AUGCAGAUGAGUGACAUAAAUGAAGUGUUCGACUUUUAUUCAAAGGAAGUGGCAAAAUAAUUAGACGAAAAAAAUCCUCAACCUCCCUUCAAUAGUAAUGAGUUGAGUUUGUUUCUCUAUUUCACAAGUUGUCUCAGAAACGAGGAUUAUGCUGAAUAGAUGAAGAGCCAUUCUGAAAGAUUUUAACAAAUUGCAUCCAAAAUCUUAUUAGAAAUUAACAGAUUAGACCCAGAGUAAUUUUGUGCCUUUGUUUGGGCUCUCUCUACGUAUUAGAUUGAGAUGGGGGAUUUGAACUUAAAUGACUCAAAACAAUUCAUCAUCAAAUAAUCAGCUGAAAUCAAUAUAGAAAAAAUACCACCUGAAACACUGCCAUCAUUAGCAUUCUCAUUAAAUCAUAUUCUGAAAGAGAAGAAUGAUCUAAUUUUGAAGAUCUCAAAACUAACCUAAUUAAACAUUACCAUAUAAACUCCUAGUAAUUUGAUUACACUAAUUAAGAGUUUGCCUGCGGGAUCAUUUACUAACUCAAAACUUAUAUUUGAAUAGCUCACUGAUUAAUUUUAGUAAGAUUUGUUGACCUAAGAUCAAUUCGUCAAUGUUUUAGUGGAAUUGUUGAGAAUUACCAAUCAUGAGAAUACAGAGUAUGUAAAAGAGAUGGUAGAUCUGCUCACAAAGAAGAUUGAGUCAACAUUAAAGCAUAAUUUAAAUAUUUCUAUGUAGAAGGUGAUUGAUUUGAUACUCUCUUGUUUACAAUUGGAAUAAGAGGAAGGUGAAUAAUUAGUUAAAUAAAUGUUAAGAAUUUGUCAUGCCAAAAGUGAGAAGUUGAAUAUCUCUGAAUACAUUUCAUUGUUUUUGGCUGUUGCUAAAAUUAAGAACAAGAAUUAUUAAAGCGUCAAUUUAGAAAAAACCAUAAAAAUACUGAUUGAAUUAGCAAACAGAUCUCAAGUAUUCACAUUAAAUGAUUUUGAAUAAAAAGAAUUGGUUUAAGUCAUAGUUGCAUCAGCAGCUCUUAGGAUAGACAAUAAAGACUUUAUCAGGAACAUUAUUACUAGAAUCGACCCGCUAUCAUUGCAUAAGCAAGACUUGAUAUUGCUAGCCAAGUCUUUUGUUAUUUAUGUUCGAUUAUUUGAGGUCGAAUUAUUAAAAAUACAUUCUAUCUGUGCAAAAAAGAAAUAUGAGUUUAGUGUGUUGGAAUAAGCUCAAUUAACUCAAACAUUUAACAGGAUCAAAGUUUUAAUUCCAGAUUCACCUUUUUUGUAAUGA